CUUAUCUACUCCACCAGACCUUUUGGCCUUUAGCCAGCUAUGACUUCAAAUUCCCAUGCUUUCACAAAAUUGGUGGGCUGGCUUAGUUAAAGUGGAUGAUGACAUCUGAAAACAGAAGGUUAUGAUCCAAACACUCAGAGCUUUCUUGCUGCUGUGUUAAAACUGUAGGCUCAUGUUGUGAUGUGCACGGAUGCAAGUUUUUUUUAGUCAUUAAUCACCAACUUGUGCAUGCAAAGUUUCUCAGUUAUCCAGUUCAUAGUAUUUCCAAGUGCUAUACGAAGGAAACUGGACUCGCUUGAGGUUCAUGAAGGUGUUUCACCUCUAAUCCGAAAGGCUUCUUCAGUUCCUUGAGUUAUUCACAAACUUGUUUUUAAAAUAAGCCAUAUAAAGUCCAUACCUGGAUCAUGCACUGCUAUAUGGAGAAAUGUCUCUGGUAGCAGCAAAACAACACAACUUAAAUCUAGUUAAUUGCAAAAAAAAACAAAAAAACCUAACUUCUCAGGGAAAUACUUCCUGAUUGUUUUUGAAUGUGACCAGUGCCACUGUUGGUCACAAAGGUUUUCUCCAGCGCAGCAACAUUCAUAUACUGAGCUGCUGAGGCAGCAAGCUGGAGGCUUUGUUAAGUUUGUCUGAUGCCAGGUGGGGAGACAGUAAGCACAGAUAAAUCAGGGCUGAAGCAGCCUAAAUAUAAGUGACAUUUAGGUAAAACAAGUCCAACACUUUAACUAAAAUACAGGUUACCUGCAUUUAUAUUUGGGAAAUGGGUUUUAACACACAACAAGGCUUUUCCAGAGCAAAAAUAUGCAGAGCAAGUGUGGCCAUUUACAGUUUUUAAAUGCUUGGGAGACGCAAAAAUAGAAAUAGGAAAUACACACAAAAAAACUGAUUGUUGAGCCACUGUUCUGUUUUUGUGUUGUUUUUUUUUUGGCUAGUAAUCUAGAAAAGCAACCGUGUUUCUUGAAAUGGUUCUUAUUUUUUAAUGCCGUGUACUCCACAUUUAGACACAUCAGAUCUGUUUCACGUUUGCUGGUUUUUAUUUCUAAAUAGCAACAAUUAAACCACACCACUCCUGCUGAUUGGAUCUAGAUUUUGAAAAUCUGAGGAGAUGGACUGUUCAAAACUUCAGCGGGGGUGUUUUUGAUUGUAUCUCUUAAUGCAGUUAUUCUCCAAACAGUCCUGCAGUAACAUUUGUUAGAUCUUUUAGGACACAUUUGAUGAGGCCUUGCAUUUACUGGUUUGAUUCAUUCAGAGCCAGGUUUAAAAAAGGACGCUUUUGUCCAGCCAGGCUCCUGUGGCGGAUGAGAUAAGAGACCCUGUGAAGAUCUUUGAAAUACAGAGCUUUAAUGACAAGUUCAACUGACCUCUUGUUUCCCAUUUUGCAUUUAAAGCAACUGAUUCAUCGUCUUUUCCCUAGCAACCAAUCAGUCUAAUCCCAAUUUAUAGGGAUUUCUUUGAGCUCAUACGUGUGAUGUUCCGCCUGAACGCUUGGGUCUGAUGUUAAAGGUUUUUGUUUUUCUGCAUCCUAACCUGCUCCUGCACCCUCCCACACCCUGUCCAUUUGCAUGGGAACCCUUUACCGGGCCAGCUGCUGCUGAUGCCCUUUUCUUUCUUCAUGUUGAAUUCUAAUCAUUACUUUCAAAGGAAAGCGUCUCCAAAGCUCCUUUAUCAAGUGCUUGUACUGGGAGGAGGCAAGCCACUGUCCGACACCCACUCAGGCUGCUGCUCUUCUUACCACUUCUGCAAACCGGGAGCACUACCAAUUUAUAACCUGCUUCUUCAAGUUUGGAGCAAACAACGUCUGGAAGUAGUAGCUCUGCAGUGAUGCCAUGAGGUUGAUUUUGGUUAAACCAACCAACGCAACACGACGUCUUGACUCAACAGGCGAAGUCUUCCAUGAUAGGGACCAUGAGAAUUGCACCUCAGGAGGUCUGUCCCCUCGGACAAAGACCCCUGAGGGGAAGCGUGAUCAAUACUCUGGAAACUCAGUUGAAGCAUCUUCAUCCCCGCAGGGGUCGAGCCUGGGCUGUGUUUCAUCUUCACCCCACAAAAGAUCUAAUGGAAUCAGUCCUCCAAGAGUUUCAGCCCAGAUGUCGCCACUGAAAACCCAAAAUCUAACCUUAUCACAGCUGAACCAUCAGGACUGGCUGCUGCUCUGUGGCCAGGUUAGCAGUGUAGAUGAUUCAGCCUCAACAGAAAGAGCAGGGACCAGUGUGGGACAUCCAAACCACAAUGACAGAUGUGGCUGUUUCUGUCCUGAUACACAGCAGCAUACAGAGGCUUCUACUUUUCCACCACAAUCAAAACAUGGUACAAUCCAAGAAUGUCUCUCCAGAGUUGCAAAUAAGAGGAGCCUUUCAUCCUCAACAGACACCCAGUCUUUCUCUCAAAUUACCCAAAGUUCAACCUCUUGCCUGGUUUUACCACAGCAAACAAACCGAAAGGAUCUUUGGAAACUUGCAACAAACCAUCCACAGGAUAAUUUCAAACCUCAGUGCAAUGACCCAGAAGGUCAAAAGGAGCUUGUGCAGCAGCAACCUUGCAAUCGUUUUAAACUCAAAGACAGCAGCCAGGCAACCUGUCCAAAUUUGUUCAACAUUCCUCUAAACUUUGUUGAGUGUGCAGAGACAAAUCAGAAACUUCACCAAAGGCCUCAGCCUGCUGUGGGUGCAGACCUCAACUGGAGAGAGCUUUUCCGUAAAGAACCACUGUUAGUUCAGCAACGUCAAAAGCGAGACUCUCACGACUCGAUAACUGGCGAUCAAACCUUCAAGCCAUCUAGGGAUCCCUCAAUUGUCCCCAAGUGCCGUCAUCUACCUUACAACCCUCCGACCACUACUCCUCGGGUGAAGAGGUCAUAUACACCAGCUACUGACAAAAGUAUACAAUCCCUCUCCAUCAGCCAGUAUAGUUCACUUGAGAACCAGGAUUUUGUCAAAGACAGAGCUAGAAAGCAACAGAGUCAGACAAACUCUCAUCACCUCAGUGGAUCAAAACUCUCCCUCCCUAAGCAUACUCCCCUACCAUCAGACAACUUAGAAACUAAUAACACAGUUAAUGGGGAUGCAGUGCGGCCGCUGAGCAGCCAUGGCACUUUAAGUGCCAGUCUGACAGAUCUUGACUCAGGCCAACAGCCUCUUCAGCAUCUUCACAGUGCCAUCCUCGAGGACGUCUUCUCCAAAGUCAUCAGAGAAGACUCCAGUAAGGCCAACAGUGACAACCUGACCAGGGAGGAAGGCAGCGUACCGCAGAAGAAGACUAAGGACAUUAGCUACCGGCUGGGUCAAAGAAGAGCUCUUUUUGGGAAGCGCAAACAGUUGAGUGACUACGCCUUGGUCUUUGGGAUGUUUGGCAUCAUUGUCAUGGUGAUCGAGACAGAGCUUUCAAGGGGAUUUUACAGCAAGGAAUCCAUAUAUUCAUAUAUACUGAAAGGCCUGAUCAGCCUUUCUACUGCUAUUCUUCUUGGACUCAUUUUGAUGUACCAUGCAAGGGAAAUCCAGCUCUUCAUGGUGGACAAUGGGGCAGAUGAUUGGAGGAUAGCUAUGACCUUUGAGCGGAUUCUCUUUGUUAUGUUGGAGCUUCUGGUCUGUGCCAUCCAUCCAAUCCCGGGCCAUUAUGUGUUCACCUGGACAGCUCGACUGGCCUUCAGCUACACAGCAUCAGUAGCGGACGCUGAUGUCGACAUCAUCCUCUCUGUGCCGAUGUUCCUGCGCCUCUACCUGAUUGGCCGGGUGAUGCUGCUUCACAGCAAACUGUUCACAGACGCUUCUUCCCGCAGCAUUGGGGCGCUCAACAAGAUCAACUUUGACACCCGUUUUGUGAUGAAGACUCUGAUGACCAUUUGCCCUGGCACAGUCCUGCUGGUCUUCAGUGUGUCCUGUUGGAUCAUCGCAGCAUGGACUGUGCGUGUAUGUGAGAGGUAUCAUGAUGCACAGGAGGUAACUAGCACCUUCCUUGGAGCAAUGUGGCUGAUCUCCAUCACCUUUCUGUCAAUCGGCUAUGGAGACAUGGUCCCUCACACCUACUGUGGAAAAGGUGUUUGCCUGUUAACAGGAAUUAUGGGAGCGGGCUGUACUGCUUUAGUUGUUGCUGUUGUUGCAAGGAAGUCAGAACUCACCAGAGCCGAGAAGCAUGUCCAUAAUUUCAUGAUGGAUACUCAACUUUACAAAAAGAUAAAAAACACCGCAGCCAACGUGUUGAGGGAGACGUGGCUCAUCUACAAAAACACCAAGCUGGUCAAGAAGAUUGAUCGUGCAAGAGUACGCCACCAUCAGCGUAAAUUCCUGCAAGCCAUCCACCAACUGCGAAGAGUCAAAAUGGAGCAAAGGAAACUAACUGACCAGGCCAAUACAGUUGCUGACCUUGCCAAGACUCAGAACAUGAUGUAUGAUCUGGUGUCGGAGCUGCAGCAUCGAAGCGAGGAGAUGGACAGGAGGAUUGUAGCUCUGGAAGAGAAACUGGACACCAUCCUUCUCAGUGUGCAGUCACUGCCCGUUGUGCUUUCUCAAGCGAUAACAAAGCUACAAAAGGAUUUCCUGGACGACUUGGCUUGUCGUGUCCACGUCCUGUCAUCCUCCCUGAGCUCUGAGUGCUGUCCGGUCCCUGCCCGGCAACUUUGUCCAGGAUCCACCACACGAGAGACACCUUCCAGCUGAUAGGCUUCGCUCAGUGGUUUCCCUCUUACUCUGCAACCUUUUUUUUAUGCUGAAGGAUUUUCUCAACAUGCACUCUUCCUUUACUUACACUGUGCUACACAAUCAUACAGUUACACACAUUCACCCUGGGAGUUACAGCUACAGAGUCAUGCCGCGGAGCUCCAAUGAGAGGGGAAGUGUUUCAGUCGGGGGGCUCUAGAGGAAGGAAACGGCAUCAUUCCUGCGUUUCCAAAGCUCAGAAUUGUUAGUUCAGGGACUGGGUUUUCACCUGUUAAUAGACAAACAUUAGUCCAUACAGCCUCUUUUGAUUGCCCCCAAGCGAACUCUAUACUGAAUUCGAGGAUGUUCAUAGAGAAUUAAAGUAUAUCUGUCAGCUGUUACAUUGAAUCCAUGAUUAAAGAGCUUAUCUUAUUCAGUGUGAUCUAGCUAAACCCCAGGCCCUAAAGAAAUGUGAAUGAUAUUAUUCCUAUUUUUGGGGUUGCAACACACAUUGGUCACAUUGAACACUAUCGGUCCUCAGACUUCAUGUCCAAGGACAUUUGCUCUAGGUUUUUCAAGCAAGCAGGUUUUUUAAGCCUUGCCUUUUUUGGCUUCCCAAUCAGCAUUUAAUUCAAAAAAGUAUUGUGGGGCUUCUUACCUUGUUAUGUAUGUAGAUGAACAGAAAGCUACCAAUAAAAGUUGAAGACAGCUGAUUGCCUUUGAGGUUUUUACUGCAAGCAACUGUGAAACUGUGAAAGCAGCAUGGGACUAAAAAUUCAAUGAUAGUGAUUACAGAAUUUGACCAAAAAUAUUAAAAAAAUUAAUUAGCACAGUAACACGAAAACACAGUGAAAGUGAAAGAUCAACAUUAAGUUUUCAUAGCAAGUACAACACAAUAGUUAAACUUGUAAACAUACACAUUAGGUCCACCAGAGUAAAAGUUAACAUGUAACGAUGAUCCUAACAGUAAUUCAAUAGUUAGCGUUACUUAGAAUGCUGCAUAGCAAUACAUUAGCCCCAGACAGCUAGCUUAGUUGGAUAGCAGAAAGCUGAUCGUAGAAAAACUAAAUUCUGCUAAAUCACAAAUAGACAACAGUUGUAAUAAAAGGAGCACUUGAAGACAAUUCUCCCACAAGAGCAUUUGCGGAGUAGCUGGAUUAAUUUGAUGCCAAUAUUUUUUUAGACGCAGCUCUGACAAAAUGGUGGACGUUAACAAUGUCAGGGAAGUUGCUAUUGAACUCUGUCAGUAAUGGUUGCUAUGUCAACUGAAUGUUCAACUGAAACCAACUGCUGGUGGCAAAACACUGGGACUGGAAAAGGUUCCCUGAAAUAUUAAGAAGAGCAGCUUUGACUACUGAAAGUCGAUGGUCACCACGGGGUUAGAGAAUUCGGCUUGUCGUCAUCGGGUUCCUAGAGGCUGAACUGGCUGUGAAAAUGAUGAGAAAGACUGCUUCCACUUGAUGGUUAAGGUUUUAUAGGGUAGCUCCCAGGAAUGAACGUGUGAACCUGUACUUAUGAAAAGCAGAGCAAUACAGGUUUAAAAAUAAAGAUUAAAAUGCCUCUACAGAAUGUACUGUAUUAUUCACUUACUAUUGUACUGCUCAGUCAAGGCUGCUGCAGUUUGUAAAGAAUGCUGCAGACUGACUUCUAACUAGAACUAAAAAAAAAGAUUCUUAAGAUAAGGCUCAUUGUUUCAGUCCACCAAUUCUCAUCAUUUUCAUCCAAAUCCCAAUCAGUGCUGUUUUUGUGUCCCCAUACAUCCAAGAAUUGUUGUUUCUCUUGCUCCAUUAGUUUUCUGCAUUUUAUUGUAAAUGAGGUCCUCCAGUGGAGAAAAGUGAUUGGUCAUAGAGAAGAGAUUUUAUAAUAUUUAUGAUUACUUGCAAAGCAAUAAUGGUCCGGUGCAAGCUAAGAUUUUCAGAGCUUUUAAUUGCUUGUGAGAAGAGUAGUCUCCGACGGUCAGACGAAACUGCUCUGGUUGUUCCGAAUGCCAGUUUAAAGCCUAGAGGGGAAGAAACAUUACAGUCAGGGCACCUAGAAUUUAGAGCAGUUUGCCUGAAGGUAUAAAGUUCAUUUAACACUGUAACUUGUUUCAAGGGCCACCUUAACAUUAUUAUUACAAUAAUAAUUAAUGUACUCGCUUUACACACAUUAUGUAUUUUAUGUUUGUUUUGUGCCCAUUUGAGAUAUAAUUUCCACAUGGUGUUUUGUGGCUUCUGAUACAUUUUAUCAUCUAGGCCUGUCUAU